GGGCAUAUUGGGCUUCAAAACCCAUAACGGAGAUGAUCCAGUAGCCGAAUUGUAGAGCAUUUGCCUUAUAAAAGCUGAUUCCAAUCCAUACAGAAAGAGAAGUUGGGAAUUUGGAGAAAGAGUAAAGAAGGUAAAGAAGGUGAUCGAACGAUGUCGUAUUUACUGCCGCAUCUUCACUCCGGCUGGGCCGUCGAUCAGGCUAUUCUCGCCGAGGAGGAGCGUCUGGUCGUCAUCCGAUUCGGCCACGAUUGGGAUGAGACCUGUAUGCAGAUGGAUGAAGUGCUAGCAAAUGUUGCAGAGACUCUGAAGAACUUUGCUGUGAUUUACCUUGUGGACAUCUCUGAGGUUCCCGAUUUCAACACCAUGUACGAGUUGUAUGACCCUUCCACAGUCAUGUUCUUCUUCAGAAACAAGCACAUUAUGAUUGAUCUUGGCACUGGGAACAACAACAAGAUCAACUGGGCUCUCAAGGACAAGCAGGAGUUCAUUGACGUUGUGGAGACUGUGUACCGUGGCGCAAGGAAGGGACGUGGUUUGGUGAUUGCUCCUAAGGAUUACUCUACGAAGUACCGCUACUAAAUUGAAGCCCUGCACUUCAUUUUAGACCUCGCAAGACAAAUAUUGAAAAACCUUAUGCAAAGGGCUAAUUAUUUCCUCUAGAUUGUGGAUGUAUUGGACUGGGAAAAACCAGGUGUGAAUGUGUAAUAGCCUAAACCAGGCAAAAUUAUCUAAGUGCGGCACUAGUUUUAAGUUUUAACACUUUCUGAAUGUUGGUAUUGGCAUGCUAGUUCUAUUA